AUGAGAAAGUCCAUCGCCGUAUUCACUGCGGUGCUACUAUCCGGGCAUUUUAAGCGGUUCGUCUCGAAGAUCAACAAACAAGACAUGGCUUCCUAUGGUAAAAAGACCACAUUAGCUGGUGGUGGAGCAAGGAAGAAGGGAGGUCCCAAACCAGAGCUGACAGAUGAACAGCGUCAAGAAAUUAGAGAGGCUUUUGAUUUGUUUGACACAGAUGGAUCAGGAACAAUAGAUGCCAAAGAAUUAAAGGUAGCCAUGCGGGCCCUUGGGUUUGAACCAAAGAAAGAAGAAAUUAAAAAGAUGAUAGCAGAUAUUGAUAAAGAGGGAUCAGGUACCAUUGACUACAAUGACUUCCAAAAUAUAAUGACACAGAAAAUGAGUGAGAAAGAUUUAAAGGAGGAAAUCCAGAAAGCUUUCAGACUGUUUGAUGAUGAUGACACAGGCAAGAUUUCAUUCAAGAACUUGAAGAGGGUGUCAAAAGAGUUGGGAGAGAACCUCACAGAUGAAGAACUUCAGGAAAUGAUAGAUGAGGCAGAUAGAGAUGGAGAUGGUGAAAUCAAUGAACAGGAAUUCCUUAAGAUAAUGAAGAAAACAAGUCUGUAUUAACUACCACUAGGCUGUUCAAAUCUUUGACAUUCUAAUGCCACUUUCUCAUUGGUUGUUUGGGACCACUAAAGAUGGAGCCACUUUUGAUUGACAGAAGGGAAUGAGUGAUGGUUUCUUGUUUAUGAUGUAUGAGUGGAUGGAAAAGAGUGAAUGAAAAAUAUUAGACAAUAAAUUAUUAAGUGGUAACAAAUUGACAAUACAUUUAGUCUUCUGUAAUUAUUUGUUACUGAUUCAGUUAGUGUGUUUAAACAUCCUGUGCUGCCUACAAUCCCCUUUUGGUACUAUAGUACCGGGUCAUGUAGUUCAAACAUUUCUUGUCUUCAUUCAGGCUCCUGUGUCAGUGAAUACUAUGUGUUUCAUGAAAAAUGUGAAUUCUCUGUCAGUGAAACUACUCGGUUGGUCUUUUCAACCCACCCAGACUACCAACAUUUAAGAACAUUUUCAGUGAAUAUUGUACAUAACAUUUAAAGUCUACAAAAAGCUACUUAAGAAGCUUAACCAUUUAUUCUGUAUUGAUCAAAACUUAUAUUAAAAGAAUAUUUUUUAAAGGACAUCAGUUAAUUACUACAUAGUAUGUUUUAUACAAAUACAUGUACUUAUUGUACUAUAUGUGUGUUGAUAUGUAUUUAUAGAUCUGAUUCAAUACAAGCAUUUAUCCCUGUACCUGUUGUAUUUGUUUGUUUUGUCAACUCCAAAAAAAACUCAAAUAGAGCCAUACAAAUAAAUUAUUUAAUGCC